CGGUGGCGGCGGCGGUGGUGGUGGGAGCGGGGCCCAUGUCGACCCUGACUCACAGGGCCCGGCGGGCCGAGGCGGCCCGAGGCCCCGAGCGGCCGGAGGCCGGCGUGGAGGAAGCGGACGAGAACGGGCCUCAGGAGGAAGAGGAGGCGGACGCCAAGGAGCUGAGGCUGACCCUGAUGGAGGAGGUGCUGCUGCUGGGGAUCAAGGACCGAGAGGGCUACACCUCGUUUUGGAAUGACUGCAUCUCAGCAGGGCUGCGUGGCUGCAUCCUGGUGGAGCUGGCUCUGAGAGGCCGCAUACAGCUGGAACCUGCCACCCUGCGGCGGAAGAGCCUGCUCAACCGCAAGGUUCUGUUCAAGUCGGAUGCUCCAACUGGGGAUGUCCUCCUAGACGAAGCCUUGAAGCACAUCAAAGCCACGGAACCAACUGAGACAGUCCAGAACUGGAUUGAGCUGCUCACAGGUGAAACGUGGAACCCGCUGAAGCUGAACUACCAGAUCCGCAACGUGCGCGAGCGGCUGGCCAAGAGCCUGGUGGAGAAGGGCGUCCUGACGACGGAGAAGCAGAACUUCCUGCUCUUCGACAUGACCACCCACCCGGUGACCAACGACACGCUCAAGCAGCGGCUCAUCAAGAAGCUGCAGGACGCCUUCCUGGACAAGUGGGUGAAGGACCCGCAGCGCAUGGACAGGCGGCUGCUGGCCCUCGUCCUGCUGGCCCACAGCUCGGACGUUUUGGAGAACGCCUUCGUCCCCCUCCUGGACGACCAGUACGAGCUGGCCACCGGCCGGUCCCGCGAGCUCCUGGAACUGAACCCGGACGUGGAGUGCAGCAAACCAAACGCCAAUGAAAUGAUCUGGGCUGUCAUGGCCGCUUUCUCUAAGUAACAAUGGGCCCUUUUUUCUCCCCCCCCCCCCACCCCCAAACCCC